AUGAAAGGCAAAAAGGCAAAAUACGGAAAUAAAUUCUAUGAACUUUGUUCAGCCCAAGGUUACGUUUUGAAUAUAGAAGUAUGCAAAGGCCAUCGAGAAAACGAUGAAAACAUGACAACUAUUGAAAGUCUUGUGAUGCGAUUGAUGCAGUCAUACUUAAACAAAGGCCAUCAUUUGUUCAUGGAUAAUUAUUACAACAGUCUACCAUUGUCUAACAAAUUACUUAGCAAAAAGACACAUGUGACAGGAACUCUUCGUGUAAAUAGGAAGGGUCUGCCACAAGAAAUAACACGUCGUAAGCUUAGAAAAGGAGAACAUGUAUGGCGACGCCAAAAUCAGACUUAUGUGUCCAAAUGGAAAGAUAAACGGGAUGUGCUAUGUCUAACAACAGCUUACCACCCAAGCAUGAUAAACAUAGCUAACCGGCGACAACAGGAAAAGAGAAAACCAAUUGAAAUAGUGAAUUAUAAUCAGAAUAUGUCAGGUGUAGACAGAGCAGAUCAGAUGAUGUCCUAUUAUUCCUGUCCACGGAAGACAAUUAGAUGGUAUAAAAAGGUAAUCUUUCAUCUACUGGAUGUAGCAGUAUGGAAUUCUUUCUACAUCUUUAAAGAAAAGACAGGUUCUCAAAUGAAGUAUAUAGAGUACAGGGAAGCAAUCAUACGAUCUCUAACUGGUAUAGAUAAUAAACGGGAUGGAAGAACUUUGGUUCAAUUUAAACGUGCACAAAUCCAAACCAAUGAAAUCAACAACAAUGGAACACAGCAUUUUCCUGAGAAAAUUUCACCUCCUGAAAAUUAUCAUCGAAAAACAUAUUUUCAGCGUUGUAAACAAUGUUAUAAACAGGGAAUAAGGAAGGAAACAUCAUAUUGCUGCAAGAAUUGCGUGUCAAAACCUGCACUGUGUCCUGCACCAUGCUUUGAAACAUGGCAUACCGAAAAUAAUGUAUAA